AAUGAUGGCCAUCAUACUAUUGGUAACGACCAUGUUGCAACUGCCUGCGCCCACACACCAGGGCUACGAAGAGGAUCUAAGGGUCAAUUUCAGAGAUACACUUCAUGUGGACGACAACGAGCUGUGGGGAGAGGGCGACGAAGCGAUGAGAAGCCAGUUCUUAGACGAGGAUAAGUUCGCCAAAAGCAUGUGUCCGGUGGGAGAGGAUGACUGCCACGAGAACGCUAUGCUUCAGGCGGCGCCCGACAAAAAAACGCCGGCCGAGAAAAUCAAAGAGAAACUCCAGCGACACAAACAGUACGAGAAGGCCAUGAAGGACGGCGAGGCUCAGGCACAGAAGGAGCUGAAGGCGGCCGGCAAAGCCGACGAGUGGGGCGGCUUUUUGCCACCCAACAUGAUCAAAGGCACCACUCUCACCAACGAGACUAAGGCCGGAUCUAAGCCCCGAGCGAAUGCUCACGCUAAAGGCGCACCCAAAAAAGGAAAGGGGAAAGAAGGCAAAUCAGAUGAAAAAGAGGAUAAAUACGAGAAGGCCAUGAAAGACGGCGAGAGUCACGCCCACAAGGAUCUAAAGGCGGCCGGCGGUGCCGACCCGUACGGCGGCUUUUUGUUACCCCAAACAGACGACGGCAAACACCCCCAUAAAGCCGGAUCUAAGCCCAGAGCUAAUGCUCACGCUAAAGGCCCACCCAAAAAAGGAAAGGGAAAAGGAGGCAAAUCCGGUAAAAUAAAUGAUGAUGGUGAUGAGGUCGAGAUAUCGAUGUCAUAGGCAGCUUCUGCACCCUAAUAAAGCAUUAUGGCUUUUGUCGGAGUUUAA